AUGCUGGCGUGGCAGGACGGCGGAGCCCAGGCGGCGCCCUCCCACCACAAGAUCUCCUUCUCGGUGCUGGACAUCCUGGAUCCGCGGAAAUUCACGCGCGCCGCGCUGCCCGCGGCGCCCGCGGCUCCUCCCCAGGAUACCGGAGAAAGUUUGGCCGCGGCCGAAGCUGCGAUGGACGCCAGCCCCGCGGACCCGCUCCGAAAGCACGAGACCCCGGGUAAGCUCCGGAGACGCCCCGAGGACAGCCGAGGCGGCGCGGGUAGCGGUCGGAGGCGCACGGGGGGCGCAGCCCCGAUGUGGACGGGACCCCCGGGGGAGUGUCCAGCACAGUUGGUGGAUGGACGAUUACAACAAAUCAAACCCAAACCAGGACUCCUGCCUGGGGGUGGGGGUGGGGGUGGGGGUGGAGGCCCCGGCCCGCCCGGCCCCGCAGCGCUCCCCUUCCAGACGUUUCCCCCCUACUCCGCGGCCAACGUCCUCUUCCCCGCCGCCUCCUUCCCGCUGAGCGCCGCCGCCGGGCCCCCCUUUGCGCCCUUUCUCGGGGCCUCCUACUUGACCCCCUUCUACGCCCCACACCUAUGA